CCUCCAGCCGGUAGGGGGCGCGCGCGCCCGGGGCCCCUCGCCGCCCGCCGCGCGCGCGCCCGCUUGCCGCCCGGCCGCACAUGUGUUUCUGUUUUGUGUUGUAGCAUUUGUUCUGGAAGCUCGUAUUUACAUUUUAAGUGUAUCUGGUGAGUGGGCUGGAGCCCUCGUCCGGGCCGGGGAGAGAAGAAGCCGUCGACCCAUCUUUCAGUCGCUCCCCUUCCCUUUUCUCAUCACUCCAACCAGCCCGCGACCAUGCCCAGGAAGAAGGGGGCGGCCUGGGAGGAGCCGAGUUCGGGCAACGGCACGGCGCGCGCGGGGCCCCGGAGGCGCGGCGGCCCCGCGGGCAGGAAGCGCGAGCGGCCCGAGCGCUGCAGCAGCAGCAGCGGCGGCGGCAGCAGCGGCGACGAAGACGGCCCGGAGCUGGACGGGGCCCCCGGCGGCGGCAAGCGCACAGCCAGGCCGGCGGCGGCGGGCAAGGCGAGCGGCGCGGCCGCGAUUAUCACCGAGCCCGAGCACACGAAGGAGCGCGUCAAACUUGAAGGGUCUAAGUGCAAAGGGCAGCUUUUGAUUUUUGGGGCAACCAACUGGGACUUGAUUGGACGGAAGGAAGUGCCUAAACAACAAGCUGCCUACCGUAACCUUGGUCAGAAUUUGUGGGGUCCCCAUAGAUAUGGGUGCCUCUCAGGAGUCCGGGUGCGAACCGUUAUUUCAGGUUCCUGUGCGGCUCACAGCCUCCUCAUCACCACAGAAGGGAAGCUGUGGAGCUGGGGUCGGAAUGAAAAGGGGCAGCUGGGCCAUGGUGAUACCAAAAGGGUUGAAGCCCCCAGACUAAUUGAGGCCCUCAGCCAUGAGGCAAUUGUGCUGGCAGCAUGUGGGCGCAACCACACCCUGGCAUUGACAGACACUGGUACUGUGUUUGCCUUUGGAGAGAAUAAGAUGGGACAGCUGGGCCUUGGAAACCAGACAGAUGCCGUCCCAAGCCCUGCUCAGAUCAUGUACAAUGGGCAGCCGAUUACCAAGAUGGCCUGCGGGGCUGAAUUCAGCAUGCUGAUGGACUGCAAGGGAAACCUCUAUUCCUUUGGGUGCCCUGAGUAUGGCCAGCUGGGACACAACUCAGAUGGGAAGUUCAUUGCCCGGGCACAGCGGAUAGAGUACGACUGUGAGCUGGUGCCCCGGCGGGUGGCCAUCUUCAUCGAGAAGACCAAGGAUGGGCAGAUUUUGCCUGUCCCAAAUGUGGUGGUUCGAGACGUAGCCUGUGGCGCCAACCACACACUGGUCCUGGACUCACAGAAGCGAGUCUUCUCCUGGGGCUUUGGUGGCUAUGGCCGAUUAGGCCACGCUGAGCAGAAGGAUGAGAUGGUACCUCGCCUGGUAAAGUUGUUUGACUUCCCUGGACGUGGCGCGACCCAGAUUUACGCUGGCUACACCUGCUCCUUCGCUGUCAGUGAAGUGGGUGGCCUGUUUUUCUGGGGGGCCACCAAUACCUCCCGAGAGUCUACCAUGUACCCGAAAGCAGUGCAGGACCUCUGUGGCUGGCGGAUCCGGAGCCUCGCCUGUGGGAAGAGCAGCAUCAUCGUAGCGGCUGAUGAGAGUACCAUUAGCUGGGGUCCGUCGCCAACCUUCGGGGAACUGGGAUAUGGGGACCACAAGCCCAAGUCUUCCACCGCAGCUCAGGAAGUGAAGACUCUGGACGGCAUCUUCUCUGAACAGGUCGCCAUGGGCUAUUCACACUCCUUGGUGAUAGCACGAGAUGAAAGUGAGGCUGAGAAGGAGAAGCUCAAGAGGCUGCCUGAAUAUACCCCACGCACCCUCUGAGGCAAAUCGGCACUCCCCUCCUGGCAGCUGUCAUUUCCACGUGCACUGGGACCAGAAGUCAGACAAGGAAUUUAGGAAGCAAAAGUUGACCGAAGGUGCAUUGGAUUAGCCUCCCUGAGGUUCCGUUUCCAAGUGAUUGAUUCAACGUUAACUACCUUUUUCUGUAUGCUUUCCAAAGUGUUUUUCCUCAACGUUUGAUUAAAACAUUUGCUUAUA